AUGUUGAACACCAUCAGGACCACCUUGAGUUCCGACCUGACCAAGCGAUGGAUGGAAGAACAAGUCCCCAAGCUGCCGCCCAUCAGCCCCUUGUUGAGGACCGCCUUCGUUUUUGAUUUCCUCAUCUUCCUGCCGCUGCUCUUAUUUGCCAACUACACACUUGCUUCCGUCUUCACCACCUUGGCCGUUGUCGAGAAUCCCGAUUCGGCCCCGUCGUACGCCGCCCUCGCCGCCCACGAUGAGGAGGACGGCAUCGCCCAGGCUGGGGCCGCCCAAACCCUCCGCAAGCAGCCCGACGUAAACCCCCCUCCCGCGCCCGCCGGCGUCGUAACCUCGAGCAUGCGCGCCACUUUCCGUCAUAUGUACAGCGUGGGAGGUCUCCGCAUGUUCUUCCGUGGCAUCCUCUGCGCGUGGGCUAUCUUCAUGGCCGACUCCUUCGUCGGCGGCAUCUUCCUGGCCAUCCCUUUCGUGUUCCCCUUUGGCCGCCUUGUCGCCUAUUUGGCCCUCUGCCAACUGCACACUGCCUGGGUUCACAUCGUCAUCUCGGACCGUCCCAACGGCAGCCUCGCCUUCUGGCGUCGCCUGCCGCCGUUCGGCAAGACCUUCAACGCCACAAAGUACGCCGUCGGUCUCUUCUGGCUCGCCGACACCUUCACCGGCACUACGCCCUACGUGGUCGCCACCUUCAUGGGCGACGACGGCAAGGUCAACGGCCAGACCCUCUGCGUCCUCUUGAUCUUGACCACUCUCAUGCUCCUCGUCCGCCUGCCCGCCUUUGUCGCCCUCACCCUCGUGCAGGCCAGCCUGCUUCCCGAGGAGGACGGGACCGUCGUCCCCUUUGACCGUUCGUUUGGCGGCCGCGUCGGACCUGCGGAGCUGGGCGGCGCCGAAUACCUUUCGAUCCGCGAUGCCUUCAAGAGCCUGAGCCGUGAGUCCUGGGUCCGUGUCAUCAAGAUGUUUGUCAAGACUUUCCUUGUGAUUGUCGCCUUGAUGCUCGUGAUUAGUAUCGUCGUUGCGGUGCAGGUCGUGGCUCUUCAGCCUCACGGCUCCAGGCACUGA